AUGUCAGAGCUGUCCAAGCUUCAUCAGGCAAUAGUUGCAGAAGACAUCCAGGAUAUAACUCACAUCAUCAAAGGUGGCGCUGAUGUCAACGCAGUCUUUAACCAAGAAACGGCCUUCACCAAAGCUUUAACAGUCGGGUGUCCUGCAGCAGCAGACAUGGUGAUGACAAGCAGCAAGUUUGACCCAAAUGCUGGGAAUCAGUUCAAUACUUCUCCACUGCUUGUGUCUGUGAGAGAAGACAGAGUCCACUAUGUGAACAGGUUGCUGACCAUGGGGGCUCGUGUCAAUGAUGCAAACAUUAGAGGCAGCACCCCGCUGAUGGCUUGUGCCUGGACAGAUAAUGCUGAGAUCGCUCAACUGCUGAUUGAUCAUGGAGCUGACUUAAACCAGGCAGACAUGAUGGGACGCACGGCGCUUCACCAUGCCUGCAGCCAUGUUGCCGUCAAAGUUGCCUCGUUACUGGUCAGAUCUAAAUGUGACUUGAAUCACCAGAGCAACAACCGUGAGACACCCCUCAUGUGCGCCUUACCCUCCACGUACAACUCCCAGGUUGCUAGGAAGCAAGUAAGUGACAUGCUGAUGAUCUCUGAGAUGCUCAUUCGUGCUGGCAGCAAUCUGAACGCACAGGAGGACAGAGGGAAAACAGCACUGCACCGCACGGUUGAGUGUCAUGACAUUCAUGGUCUGUGUUUGUUAGCUGAAAGUGGUUGUGAAAUUAACAUCAAGGACAAAUCAGGGCAGACAGCUUUUCACUUGGCCCUUUCCCAGCAUCCACCGCAGUUUGAUAUUGCCAGGUUCUUGUUGUACUAUGGUGCCGAUCCAAAUGAGAAAGUACCACAUUUAAACACGACUCCAAUUGUGCCACCCUUAUCAUUAUUACUAAAACUCCGCCGUUCAUAUAAUGAGCUAGGAAACAGCUGGUCCUACGAUAGAUUACUUCAGUGCCUACAGAGAUGUGUGUAUCCCACACUGGCUCUUCUACAGGCAGUUUCUGAUGCCGACCGCAAUAUACCCAGCAGUAUCCCACUAGAACAAGACGUGGCCAGGAAUGUCUUGCAAUGGCUUCAAGCCAAUCAACCUUGCUCUCUCCAGUUUCAGUCUAUGCUCAAAAUCAGACAGGCUUUAGGUUCCAGUCAUAUAUUCAAAAAAAUAAGUCGCCUUCCAAUAACAUUGGUCCUCAAAGAGUACUUGAGCCUGGGUCUGCAGCAAGACUGGCUGCCACUGACCACAUUUUGCCAACUACAUUUGCACAUCAGAGACUUCAAGAAUGACCUAGCCAAGGAGAUUAUUCAAGAUAGACGGAAUAUUAACCUGUUUAUCGAUGGCCGAACACCCCUGGCUGUAGCUAUAGAGGUAGGCAACACUGAAAUUGCCAUGCUGUUAUUGAGUAAUUCAGGGUUCUGUCCAAACAUCGUCAACUCCGCGGCUGAUAACGCUCUCCAUGUGGCUGCUCAGUAUGGACGAGAUGAGCUGGUAGAAGAAAUCAUAAAGAGGUAUAGAGAUAUCGACAAGGUGAACUUUAAGAAAUGUACAUCCUUAAAGGUAGCCAUUGAGGCUGGCAACUUCACAUUAGCGGCCAUUCUGAUCCAGAAAGGAGCAAACGUUAGAAGUCCUAGGGGCAGUAUCUCGUUGCUGCACAUGGCAGCAGCCUGCGGGUGCCCUCAAGUCGUGCAGCUGAUCUUAUCAAGAGGAGUGCGCCCAAAUGUGAAGGACAAUUUUAAAAAUACACCUUUGCAUUUGGCAGCGAGCAAGGGUGGCUUGUACGUUCAGCGACAAAUCGUUGUACCUGGACUCUACCGGGAUCCAAUCGCAGAAUCUCUAGAUGCCAUACAGAUGAUUUUAAAUGUUUCCCGGCCCAAGUUCAUCAAACCAGACACAGGUCAUUCAGAAGUGGUUAAAUGCCUGAUUAGCCAUGGUGCCAGUUUGACAAAGGUGAAUGAAGACCAUCAGACGCCAGUGCAGGUUGCUGAACUAUACAAGGCUCAGGAUGUUCUUGAUGUGCUCACCAAGUCUGCAGUCUAA